AUGCUUACCGAUGAAACAAAUACGAAUACAUCUACGUCAAUGGAAUCGGCUUGCCUACCGAUCGGUUGUUCAGUUAGUGCUAAAUAUCGUGGAGCAUUUUGCUCAGCUCAAGUUAAAACAAUUGAAAGACAAGUUAAAUUAAAAAUUGUAUUGCUUGAUACGAAUGAUACAAUAAUUAUAUCUGAAGAGCAAAUUGUGCAACCUAAAUCAUUACGUAUUGGUAAUACAGUAACCAUACGUUUACCAUCAUCAAAUCAUCACGAUCUAAAUCCUCAUCUUUCACGUAGUUCAUUAAUAGCUAUACUCAAUAAUAAUGAUAAUUACGACGAAAAACAAGCAAUAAUUAAACAAAUUUAUGAUAAUAGUAUCUAUACAGUUGUAUUCAAUGAUGGUGAUGAGAAAUCUUUAAGACGCUCAUCACUCUGUUUACAAGGUAUUCGUUUAUAUCAAACGCGUAUUGAUCAACGAAAACCUGUUGAAGAUAUUUCAACGACGACACCAUCAUCAUCAUUAACAUCAGCAACCAUGAAUAGUAAUGAUCUAUCCUCCAUUGUUGCUGUUCGUCGUCAUGGAAACAAUAAUCAACAUGUAUUUCCGGCAUUGAUACUUAAACGUAAAUCAUUUUCUGAUUACAUUUGGGUCAAAAGUUUUCUUAAUGGAAGAGAAUAUAUUGUUCAUAAAAUUAAUGAUGUUGAACCAUAUAAAAAUAAUUCACGUAUUCGAUCAUUAUGUCGUUCAACAUCGAAGCAAGCAACAACAGCAUGUGAUAAAUUUAUUAAAUAUAAUCAAAUACCAAUUGUAUGGAAAAGGGCAAAAUCGAAACAUGUUCAAGAUGAUGACAACAGUACAAGCGAAAGUAAUUCAAGUACAAGUGAAUCCGAUUUUGACGAUAGUGAUGAUGAAACAAUCGAAGAAAAAGAUUCAUUUAUAGCGCAAUUAUUUGCUUUUAUGGACGAUCGAGGUACACCAAUAAAUAAUAUACCUAAAAUUCAUAAUUAUGAUCUUGAUCUUCAUCGUUUAUUUAAUAUCGUUCGUAUGUUAGGUGGUUAUAAUAAGGUUACAAAAAAUGAACAAUGGAAUAAAGUUUAUAUCAAAAUGGGUUUGCCAAAUGAAUCAUCUCCAAAAAACGAUCGAUUAAUUGAAAAUACUUAUAAAAAAUAUUUAUUUCCCUAUGAAGAUAUGUCGAAAAAAUUAGGUACCAUGACUAUGCCAAAUGCAUUUUAUAAUAGUCGUGCAAGUACGAAUAACGAUUCAAGAAGAAGUUUAAUACGUGUACGACAACAAUCAGAAGAAAAGCAUAAAACCAAACAAUCGUUUCGUAAAAGACAAUCCAUUGAUUCAAAACCCAUAUUAUCUUCUACGAAAAUUCAGCCAACCAAUUCUUCUCGAAAAAGUAUUAUUCUUAAUAAAGCAAAAUUAUCAGCUAUUUUUUCAUCAAGUACAUCCGACUCUGAAACAUCCGACGAUGAGAUAACUAGUUCAUCAUCAAGUACAAAUAAAAGACAAAAAAAGCCAACAAUUCAUUCUUCUAUAUACAAAUCAAUUGCUAUUUCGAAUGAGAAGAAAAAACUAACAAAAACAAUAUCAUCGUCAGUAUCAUCGCCAUCAUUAUGUGAUUCACAAAAGAAACGUGAAAAAUCAAAUUCAGCAACAAGUAAAAGAACUAAAUCAACAACCGAUACGGAAAAUGAUAUGAAGCCAGUUAUUAAAAUUGCAAAAAUUCCUCCUGAUAUUUUAAGGAAUACUACGUUUCCCAGGCAUGCAUUCCCUAAUAAAUCAACAUCUACUAAAACAUCCAAAACUCACGAUAGGACAUCGAAGCGUCAAUCGAAUAAAGGUAACUCCGACACAGAACAGUCAAAAGCUAAUACAUCGUCUCCGAUUGGUCCAUCGUUUUCAGAACCAGUGAAACAAAAUACUUUACAAGAUGUAACAAUUUUACCAGUAGUGCCAACUUCACCAUCACCACCGCCACCGUCGAUAAAGGAAGAACCGUCAAAAUCACUUUCACUUUUUACUACAACAGCAAGCACCAAUGAUACCAAUGACGAUACAUCAGUGCCUUCGAUAUUUCAAACGUUAAUUCCAUCAUCAUCGAUAACUAAUCAGCAAGCAGACGGUAUUGAAAAUUCCGAAAUGAAUUCAAACAAACGAUCCUAUUCUGACGAGAAUUUCGAGUUCAAUAAUAAAACAGAUGAACAAUUAUCUCCAUUUAAACGUUCCAGACAUUCCAUGUCGUCGCAAAAUAGUGAUGAACUAAUAAACAAUAAAAAAUCAUUAAAAGAUAGUCUCGCUGCAAAUAAUAAUGCUCAAUUAACAUUUGAAGAUAUUCUUGUGAAUGAUAUAUUACUUGUACAAUGGGAACUCAACGGUAAGAAACAGUAUUAUGCACGGUGUAUUGAAAAAAAUGAUAGUAAAAAAGAACUAUGUGUUCAUUAUAAUGGAUUUGAUUUAAAAUAUCAUGAAUGGAUCGAACUUGAUAGAGUUAUUAAACGUUAUGAUGAAAUGGAUUUCGAUCAAAAACAAAUAAGUAUUGUAGCCUCACCAGUAUUCGUAAAAAAUGAACAAGAAAUCAGUAUGAAAAUCGAAAACACUACAAUGAAUUCUACUGAUCAAAAUAAUGUAUGGAAAGAUUUUGAAAUACCAUCAUUGAAUGUCGAUGAAUUUGUUUCGUGUUCAUCAACGUUUCAAUUUAAUGAUACGAAUAAUCAAGCGGUUCAGCCUACCUGUAUAUUACCAACAAGUUCAAACGAUGAGCCAAUGCUUUCAAUCGACGAUGCGAAAUCUAUUGAUGAUAAAGAAUUAAUUUCCGAAGAAAAUUCUAUCCAACAAAUAGCUACAAAGCGACAAUCAUCGAAUAUUAAAAUUGAUCCAACACAAAAUAUUAAUAUUGAAAAUAUUCUUUCAAAAUCAGAGGCUUCAAUAAAUCAAUUGCAAGCUAAAGAAGAAAUUAUGAGUACAUCUUCGAUUAUUGACGAUCAAUCAAUAAAUUAUACGCUUCCAUUCAUUCCAAUGCCCAGUUUAAUUCCAGACAAUCGUCGUAUAUAUACACGUCAACAAAAACGACGUACAUUCCGUGAGCCAAAUGCCAUACAAGAUUCAUCUAUAUGUACAAAGAGAAAAACACGGUUUGAUGCAGAUAUUAAUAGUAAUUUCAAUAGUGAUUGUACAAACAACAGUGAUCAUAGUCCGAUACCAAUUGACCAACAAUCAAUCGAAGUAAAACGGCAUCGAACAGUAGCAAAACGAGGCGCGAAAAGACCAGCUAACCAAUUAGAUAAUGAAAAUGAAGAUCUUCAUUUGAAUUCACCAAUGAGUGCAACAUUACGUCAACAAGUAGACAAUAUGUUUAAAAAUCGAUCAAGUCGUUAUAAUUUUCUUGAUCUUAAUAGUAAUCUAACGGGUGAUAAUCGCUUGGUGCAUCUUAAAGAUCGCAUGCGUCAAUGCCAACGAGUAUUCUUCAACCUAAAAAGUGCUUUAAGAAAAGUUGAAAAACAAAAGAAAAUAUUUGUUCGCCGACAAAAAUCAUCAAAUGCAGAAAUAAUUCCAUAUGAAAUUGCUCAACCGACGAACAAUGACAUAUUAUUACCAUCGGCUUGUACAUGA